AACUCGCGGCCGACUCGUAGAGUGAAGGAAAAACUAAAACAGGCAAAUAUCAUAGCUCUUCUCUUAAGUAGUGUGUUUUAGAUUCGUGUGGUGAUCUAAUAGUGAAUUAUCCGGAAAUUGACAAUUUUGAUUUUGGAAGAGGUGGUUAGCUGUGGGCAUUUCUCAGGCUACUUUGUUGGUGGAAUCGAAUAACAGAAGCAAAAAAAAGCGGUGCGUUCAGAGUUGAUAACUUUUUCGAAAGCCAGUUUCAUCGAAGAGAAUUCGCUGUCGCAGUCAUCGUGGUGUCGCCGUAGAUCAUUCUUGAUACUAUUUGUGGGUGCUUUUAGUAGAUUGUUGGGAAAAAGGGAAGGGAAGAUGGAGUUCCUUGUCUACAGUUGAAAAGUAUGAGAAGGGGUUGCAAGUGUUUUUUUGUUGUUCGUAGUUUAGUGUUGGACAGCAGCAGCAUAUGUGAGGUAGUAGUCUCGUGAAGUGCUUGAACGCUGGAUGCGUGGAGCAGGAAUUAUCCGGACGGUACGGAAGCAGGACGGGGAGGCACAGGCGUCGUUUGAUACUACCGAUUAUUGCUGCGACGUCGAACGCGCGGCGAGGUGCUGCUGCUGAAAAGACGUCCUCCUCGAACGAACGAGAGGCGUUGUGUUGUGAUUUUAAACGAAAAACAACGGGAUUGAAACAGUGACCGGUCGCCCCAGUCGGUCGGCCAGUGAAAAAAACGUUUGGAACAUCCGGAAGUGCUCCUUUAACGCAUCGGAAUUAUCGCGUCGAGUGCUAAAGUAUCAAGAAGUGAAAAAUAAAAACUUUUCGUUUCGGCCCAAACGAAAACGAAGGAUAUUGCGUAUCAAGAAUUUAUGCUGCCGUCGCCGCCACCACGACUCGAGAGAUUGGCAAGUGCGAGUGAACGAAAGCGCGCAAGCACCGUCGGUCGGUCCGUACUUCGGUGGUGAGUGACAGCGAAAGAAGAAAAGAGAUAGAAUAAGAGGCGGUGAAGUUUGGGUGCUUCGAAGUGAGUGAAGGAAGCGCGCUGAGGAAGGAAGGAAGAAGUGCGGGAAUCUAAAUAUUUGGAUAUAAACGCGUAGUAUUGCACGUAGUGAAUGACGUAGCCGCCCCCUGUUGGUUGGUUGGUUGCAAAAAAGUGAUGAAAUUCUGCCGGAAGUAGAUGCCGAUACGACGACGACGCGCUGGUAGGCGAAAAGUGGUGGCUCUGAUGAAGAUAGCUACGGCAUGUAGCACGGUGUGUAGUUCCUUGAAAGUCGACAAGCAGCAGCAGCAGUCAGUCAGUGAUGAAACGCGAAAAAAAUGUCUCAAAAUUUUGUUUACAAGUUAGAAGUGAAAUGGGAUAAGGUGAAAAUGUGUUCCCCACAAGAAAAGAAGGAGGAAAAAGUUAAGCAGCAGCAACAGCAGGAGGAUCAAGUCCGUCGGCUAAGGCCGACAGUAUCGGGUGGUGCAAACAGUGAAUUUAAUAUGAUGGAGUUUCGCAGAACGAGACAGUGCAGCAAAGCAAAUCAUGAGCAGCAGCAGCAGCAGCAGGCAAAUGAGGAAAUCGUGCAACAGCAGCAAUCGGAAGUGGUGGUAGUGUUCCCUAAAAAAUAUUUUCCUUCCUCGGGAUUGACCAACCUGUUGGAGCAGCUAGCGACCAAGCUGAAGCAAAAGCAUAGGACAGAACGUCCGGAGGUGUGCGUGGAAAAGAGAGCGACGGAACGUCGUACUUGCGAAGAAAUGAGUGAAAUCGGUGCAGAGAAGAGUGUAGAAAUGUGUCACCAGAGAAACCAACGAAUAAGAGCAUCAGCACCAGCUACGGCAGCAGCAACCAUUGCCGCCCCGGUUCUGCGGCCCAGCAAGCUGGUUUGGCUCCUGAUGGCCAGCGUGCUUCUGUUCAGUGUGUUCAUUGCACCCGUCACUCCGGUGCAGGGCAACGAAAUUAGGCCGGAGAAACGAGAAUACAAGAAAGGAGAAGUUUGCGGCAGUGUGGACGUGCGAAAUUCGCCCUCCAACCUCGACCGGCUAAAGGAUUGCGUUGUCGUGGAAGGUUUCGUGCACAUCCUGCUGAUCGAUCGGUACGAGGCGAGCUUCGAAAACUACUCCUUUCCGCUGCUAACGGAAAUCACCGAAUAUCUGCUGCUGUUUCGCGUUAACGGACUAACGACGCUGCGGAAGCUCUUCCCGAACCUGGCCGUCAUUCGGGGCAGCUCGCUCGUCAGCGAUUACGCGAUCGUGAUCUACGAGCUGAUGCACAUUGAGGAAGUCGGUCUAAUUUCGCUUACCCACAUAACUCGCGGCAGCGUUCGGAUCGAGAAGAACCCGAAGCUUUGUUUCGCCAACACAAUCGACUGGAAGGCGAUAGCACCCGGUUCGGAUAACUACGUAAAGGAUAAUCAAAAGGAAAAUGCUUGCCCUAUCUGUCCAACGGAAACUAGUCUGAUGCUGCCGGACGGAACGAACAUCACCCAUCGCUGCCCGCUCGCACCUACCAAAGGAGUGAUUCCUCAUCACAAAGAACACCGAAAGACGCUCUGCUGGAAUGCUAAUCACUGCCAACAUAAAUGCGCCGACAGCUGCACGAGCAGGUCGUGCACCCUGACCGGCGAGUGCUGCGACGAGACGUGCCUGGGCGGUUGCUCCGGCCGGAAUGGGUCCAUCUGUAACGUCUGCCGGCAUCUGAGCAUCGAUCCGGCCGGCCGGCGGCAGUGCGUGACCAAGUGUCCGGAGGGUAUGUACGUGUACCACAGUCGCUGCAUCACCGCUGACCAGUGCUACGCCAUCAAGAAGCCCAUCUCGCUGGACUCGAACCAGGAUCUGCCGCAGUAUCCGUACAUUCCGCACAACGAAACGUGCAUCAUGGAGUGUCCGGCCGAUCACGAGCUGCUGGUGGUGAACGAACGGCGGCGCUGCAAGAAGUGCGACAAGGGUGCCUGUCCGAAGCGCUGCGGCGGGGGCAAUAUCGAUAACAUCCAGAGCGCGCAGUCGCUAAAGGGGUGCGAAAUUAUCGAAGGGUCGCUAGAAAUUCAGCUCCGGAGUCGGGGAGGAGAGAACAUAGUCAAGGAGUUGGAAAAAUUUCUCAGUAGCAUCACGGAAAUCAUGGGCUAUCUGAAGAUUGUGCGGUCUUACCCACUGCUUUCGUUGGGAUUCCUAAAGAAGCUUAAGAUAAUUCACGGAACACAUGCCAAAAUUUCGAAUUCAAGUUUGUACAUAGUGGAGAACCAGAAUCUGCAGGAGCUGUUCGAUCGCAAUGUGACCAUCCGCGAGGGAAAGUUGUUUUUCUACAACAACCCGAUGUUGUGCGUGGGAAAGAUUCGUGAAUUGAAAAUCUACAAUCCAAAGUUGGAGAUCGAAAACGAAGCUCAGCUGGCGGCUAACAAUGGAGACCGGGCCGCUUGCGAAAUCACCGAGCUGGAAACUAGCUUGAAGUCGAUUUCAGCCGAAACGGCUAUCAUUCAGUGGGCACCGUUCACGCAGCUGGCCGACAUCCGACAGUUGCUCGGUUAUGUGAUCUACUACAUUGAUGCGCCGUACCAGAAUGUGACGUUUUUCGACGGUAGAGAUGCGUGCAACACCGAAGGCUGGAGGUUGGACGAUAUCAGCGAGUUCAAUACGGAAAAUUAUACCAGCAAAAUACUGACUCAGCUUAAGCCGUACACGCAGUAUGCGUACUACGUGAAGACGUACACGCUGGCUUCCGAAGGGCUGGGCGGGCAAAGUAAGAUCAAGUAUUUUACCACGGCACCGGGAACUCCAGGCGUCGUACGGGAGGUGGACGUUGACGUUCUUCCGGCCGAGGAUAUGCUGACUAUCAAAUGGAAGGUUCCGUCGAAGAUAAACGGUAAACUGCGGUACUACGAGAUUUUCAUCGAGUUGAACGCCGACGGAAAAGAAAUGCUGAAUCAGCGCAACUACUGUAACGAAGAAAUCGAUAAAAGCUCAACAGCGAAUGCGCCGAUUGACAGUCCGACGCUGGCACCGCCACCGAAAAGUUCCUACAAUGGAGACAUUUGCACCGAGGAACAGUGCAGCCGGUUUUGUCCGCUCACGCCCAAGAGGGAGCAGGUAGAUCCAUCGGAAAUCGAACAGCAGAUCAGUUUCGAGGAUCAACUGCACAACUAUGUCUAUAUUAAGAAUCCUACGUUGCGAGACUCAACUAAUCGACGCAAGCGCAGCCUAGUGUUGGCCAGCAAUGUUUCGAUCGUAUUCCCGAACAUUACCGAUACGAACAACAUUGACAACAAGGAGCGCCAAACGAUGAUGGACCCGAACGGGCUGUACUAUCUGACGCUGUUCAACACGACCAUCAACGAAAGUUUCAGCAUACCGCUCAGUGCCCUGAAGCACUACUCACUGUACGUGUUCAAGGUACGAACCUGUAGGCAUCGCGCCGUAAAUCCGGGCAACAAUGUGAAGCUGGUGGAUUUGGAUUCGGCUUGCGGUACCGAUGUUAUUCACAAUUUCCGUACGCCAACGAAAAAGGGAGCGGACGAUAUCCCGCCGGAUUCGAUCCUGGUAGAAGAACAAUCCAAUCACACGCAACGGGUAAUCAAGGUACAGUGGAGAGAGCCGACGAAACCGAACGGCCCCAUCGUGUCCUACUCGAUCAAGUACCAACGGAUGGAUCUGGACUCGCUCCAAGCGAGCGUUCAGUGCGUUUCCUAUCAGGAAUUCACCCAAAGUGGGUUCACCUACUUGCCUAAGCUUGAACCGGGAAACUACAGUAUCCGCAUUCGUGCUAACACAAUUGCUGGCGAUGGCGGCUAUUCGUUGCCUCGAUACAUCCUGCUCGAACGGGAGGACCAUACACAAUUGUUGUUUGGAAUGCUAGGGGCCUUGUUCGGGCUGGUAGUAUGCGUUCUUGCAGGUAUAGGAUACUGGUACAAACGCCACUAUCUGCCGAUGCAGAACAUGCGACUGAUCGCUCAGGUCAACCCGGACUACGCCGGUGUCAUCUACAAGAUCGACGAAUGGGAAGUCGAACGGGAGCACAUAAUUCAGCUGGAAGAGCUCGGCCAGGGCUCGUUCGGUAUGGUUUACAAAGGAAUCCUAACGCAGUUACGAGGCGUCAACGGGAAUAUCCCGUGCGCCAUCAAGACGGUCAACGAAAAUGCAACCACCAAAGAGCGCGACAGCUUCCUGAUGGAGGCGUCCGUAAUGAAGCAAUUCAAAACGCACCACGUGGUUCGGCUGCUGGGCGUUGUUUCGCAGGGUGACCCGAUACUCGUCAUCAUGGAGCUGAUGGCGAACGGCGAUCUGAAGGGUUACCUGCGGCGGCACCGGCCGGACUAUGAGAACGGCGAAGAUCCCUCGCCGCAGCCGCCGACGCUGCGGCAAAUCUACCAGAUGGCCAUCGAGAUUGCCGACGGGAUGGCGUACCUGUCGGCGAAGAAGUACGUCCAUCGGGAUCUGGCGGCCCGAAACUGCAUGGUAGCGGGCGAUCUGACCGUCAAGAUUGGCGAUUUCGGCAUGACCCGAGACAUCUACGAGACGGACUACUAUCGGAAGGGAACGAAAGGUUUUCUCCCAGUGCGAUGGAUGUCGCCGGAAAGUCUGAAAGACGGCGUCUUCACCAGCAGCAGUGAUGUGUUCAGCUACGGUGUGGUCCUAUGGGAGAUGGCCACACUUGCCUCGCAACCGUACCAGGGUCUGACGAACGACCAGGUGCUGCGGUACGUAAUUGACGGUGGCGUCAUGGAACGCCCAGAAAACUGCCCGGACAAACUGUACGACCUAAUGCGGCGGUGCUGGCAGCACCGACCGACAGCACGGCCUACCUUCAUGGACAUCAUCAACAUGCUGCUGCCCGAUGCCAGCAGUCGGUUCCACGAGGUGUCGUUCUUCGAUUCUUCGGAAGCGCACGAGAUGGCACCAUUACAGCAUCAAAUAAUCAUGGACGAUGUUACCUACCCGUUGCACCCCGGGGGAGGCGGCGACAGUUGUGGCGUCGCCGCUGGCGAUGAUGAUGACGACGACGACGAUGUAAUGGACAAGGACGGAGAAAUGCGCAUCGGUGACGUCGGCACCGACGACGAGUUCUCGAUGGAGAUGACCAACAGUCAUCUGGUGCCGAACAACGGUCCGACGGCCACCAUCCGCUCGCCGCACUCGCCACUAAGGGAGCAACAUGGAAACCGAUUGAUCUGUGAUUCAUUAGCCAUAUCAUAUCAUAGUAGGGAUAUUGAUACAACCAUAGCCGAAGAGGAGGAACCGAUUGAGGAGGACAACGACGACGAUGAUGAUGAUGACAACGACGAGCACGGGGGUGGCGCCGUCGGCGCGGCAACAACCGAAUUGAUAGUGAUAGAUGAAACGGCGGCAGCGGCGGCGGCUAAGGCCGAAAGCCGUGAUCGUACGGGCAGAGAUCGUCGCAGCAACAGCCGGAGCAGAGAACUGGAACAGGGUGGCACAAGCAGAAACAACAGAAAUAGCAGGGUCAAAAGUAGAAGUGUUAGUCCUGGCUAUUGUGGUGUGUCUCGUAACCACGAUGCAGCGGCAGCAGCAGCAGCAGCACCAGGAAGUAGUCAACUAAGUCAGAACAGAAGAAGAAGCGGUAGUAGUGAGUUUGCAGGUAACGUAACACAACAUGACUACGUGAACAGUGCCCCAGGGGUGCUGCUUUCCACUGGUGAUAACCUGCUGUCAGGUAGUGGUUACUCUUACGGUUCCAACGCCGGACACGGGUCAAUUCCAAUGAUUCCUCCGCCACCGCAGAAACAACAGUCCCUUAAUAGGCAACAACAGCAACAGCAACAGCUGAUCGAUAUCGACUCGGAUCCCUACGGGAAGGAGUUUGACGCGAUCAGUUCCGAUAGUAGUAGAAUUUCGGCAGCAACUGUAACAGGAGCAAUGGCAGUACCGACAACAACAACAGUAGGGAAUAGAAUAAAUGGGCGUGUUGGUCUCGCUUCGCAGCCCGAAAGCAGUAGUAACAAGGAGUUCGUUCCUCCCCGUUUGAGGAAUGGUUUCAUCGAACGGGCCGUUCUUUGGUCUCCGACGACGGAGAGUUCGACCGGUGAAGCGUGAGACAGCACUGCCGCCAAUCCAAACAGCAGCAAACACAAGCAGAAGUAAUCCAACUCACACAAACACACAGUUCCGUGCGUGUGUGCGCCAGCGAAUCGUGGGCGCACGAAAACACACGCACACAAUUAACAGUUCCACGUGUCCGCCAGCAGCUGGCGGGGACAAACUGAAAAUGAUACAGGCUAGCCUUAGGCACUCGCAAUGAUGGGCCAUAGAUAGCAGAAGAAGUAAACAAGUAUUCAAACAAAAAACCCCUUUUAACCAGUAAAUCUUUUAAGUACACACACCACCACCACCAUCAUCAUUCAUAUUCAUAUUGAACCAACAAUCAAUCAACCGCUCACUCACAUAUACAAAUGCAUUAUUGUAACAAAACAACACACCACACACAUACGCAAUCAAGCAUUACACUAACACAACUUAGAUAGGUACCCUUCGAUUUCUUGUUCAUUGUUUAGCCUACCAAAUCCAACACACGAUUAUACAAAUGCACAUCCGCGAGAAAAAGAAAAAGAGAGAGAGAAAAAAACGAAACAAAUAUCCAAAGAGGCUACUACAAAACCAUGCAAUGAAAUUAACUAAUCAACAAACAACCCCCUUUCCAUGUCCUGACAAAGAAAAAAAAAACAAAGUUCUCAACUUUUAGAAUUGAUCAACAAAAAAAAUUAUUAAAAUCGUCGACGUUUUGGCUGCUCCCCUCGUUUUGUACUAUCAUCAAAAGAAGAAAAAAAAACAAACAAAUCAAUCCUUCCUUUUGACACACGCACUCGAAAGAUUUCCACUUUAGACAAAUGAAACAAAAGAAGAAGAAAAAAAACGCGUUAAUAAAAACUGUACCAUUUAUUUUAAUAGAAAGAAGUGUAUGUAUUCGUUUAACUAGUGUUUAUUUAUAACGGAAUACUUUUUUCGCCCGUACAAACGAAAAAAACAAAAGAAAAAAGAGAACAUAACCUCAAACACAUACCCACACACAUUCAAACACACACCACACACACACACACUUCGAACGCAGAGCGAGAAAGAAGCGCGAACAGGCAAUGUUUUUCGUGUGUAAAAACAACGGAAAAAAAUCUAAUAGAAUCAACAGACUGACCGACAGCUAAAAGCAAUAUUUUUGUUUUGUUUUUUAGUUUACUUUUUUUAUUUUCAUUUAAUUUUUUUUGUUUAAUUUUUACUCUAAUUUCAAUCCCACCAGAAGAGUUAGUAACAUACAUACAUACCUAUGUAAUAAUAACGCACGCACGAACACGCACGCCCGCAAAAGAGCAGUUAAACAAUCCCUCAAAUAAAGGAAACAAACGAAAAAAAAAACACGCAAGCAAGUAUCAUCCAAAUUCGUGACGGAAACGGAAUAGAUAAUGGCGUUGGUGACGAUUGCGCGAAAGAAAAGUGGAAGGCACAUGGUGCAACCCUAUGUGCGUUUAUAGAUUUAGGAUAAAAAGAGAUAGAGAGAGAGCGCGCGAGAGAGUGUGGCUAAAAGGUGCAAAGGUAAAAGUGCGUGAAUGUGUUCUGUUUACCGCGGAUGGAACAAGAGAGAAAACAAUACGUUUAUUAUGAUUAUACUAUUUAAGAGAUCACUUGAUUAAAGAAAGGAAUAUGAAAGUGUAAGCAAACACACGCUGUAGGUUAGACCAAAUGAACCAGAGCAAAAAGCUAUAGCUAGAAGAAAACAUUAAGUGUAAACAGAAGAAGUAUAGAGAUAACAAAAUGAAACGGAAAACCACGCGUACGCACACAUGAUGCUGUGGACUGUGGCAGAUGUAAAUUUUUAGGAUUUUGUUUUAGGAAAAUGGAAUUGAGCGGAAACGCAACAACCACGUUUCGAGCAGAGAGAAAGAGAAAGAAACCAGAUUAGGUAAGAAAGUGCGCGAGUGUAAAGUUUAUUAAAUUAGAAUUUUUGUUUUCGACACAACAACGAUUGAUUUGUUAGCGUGACAGCGGCAAAAAAAUUAACCACAAUCGAUCACAAAUCAAAGUCACAGAGUUUUGGUGCUUCCGCGACUUUGGAGGCGCCUACACACUUCAUCCGUAGAAAAAAAAUCUCCAAUACACAUUAAAAUAGUUACACCACAUCAAAAACAAAUGAACAAACACGAAUAAGCAAUGGCUUUUUAGUGGCAAAAGAAGAAUACUAAUUUAUAUACACAAAAUUUUAAUUUACAGAAAAUCAUUGAGAAUAAAAACGAUCGCUGAAGAUUAAAUUAUUAAAUUAUCAAAGCAAGAAAGAGAAAUUAAACUACAUUUCUUGAGGUACAAAUUAAAGUCUGAUUUAUAUAAAGUUCCUCCCCCAAAAAUUAGGAAUAUACCGAUUCAAUCAUUUUCGUUAGCGCAGUUCGUGUGAGUGCAAAAAAGGUGCCCGUAAAAGUGAGUGCGAAUGAGUGAGUGAGUAAGUCAGUGAAUGGGUGAAAGAGAGAAGCACUCGCACGCACACAACAACAGUUGGCCACAAACAAACAAAGGAUUAAGGAAAAUGAACCUGCAAUACAAAGUAGUAACGUUAUUUUUAGCGGUAAAUUCGUUGAUUUAUGAGAUAAGUUUUUUUUUGUUUUUAGCAAAACAAAAAGAAGGAAAGGAAAAAAAGAACGAGCAAACGCAGCUUUGUUCGGGAUCAUUCAGUGGAAAUCAGCCGGUUUGAAAUAAAAGAAAGCAAAAAAAACACUGAAAUAAUUAGACACUUAUACACAUACCACAUAAUCACACAACCACACAACAACAACAACAACAAAAGCGUCAAUAGAUAGUAAUUUUUUAAAACGAAGAAAUGCAAACAAAUUUUUUAAAUUUAAAUGCGUACCAGCUAAUAUUUUUAUUUAUUUUCCCUCCGUGUUUUUAUAUACAAACAAUAGAAACUGUUAGUAAAAAGUAAAAAAAAACAAAACCAGAAGCAGAAAGAAUGAAGGAGUGAACGAGAAAAAAGACGAACGCAACCCGCGCAACUUAACAGAAUAAAAAUGUAAAACAAACUAAGAUUGUAACUAAGAAGAUCGUUAAGAGUGAAAGGAGCUAGAGAAAAAAAAGAUGCGAAGCAGAACCUAAUGGAUUUUAUUUAUUUAUUCACAAGCACACUCCCAAAACACGAUUGCUCUAACGGCAACAUACCGUAAAAAAAGAAGAGAGAAAAAAAUGAGAGUUGCGAGAGAUCACCGAAAAAAAAACAACCUAGUUGAUAGCCGAAACAAAUAGAAAAGAAACAAAAAAAAGUGGGAAUAUGAAAAAAACCAAACUGUACAUAGUAAAUUAAUUUAUUUUUAUUGAUAUUUAGUAUUAGUUGUAACACACGUUUUUUUUUAUAGUCGGUAAAGAAGGCAAAGGCAAACGACGACGACGAUGACUAGGAAGGAGGACGGGCCGAGAUUUCCUGUUUGGUUUGUUCGUCGACAAUAUUCCUACCAACAGUUUUAUGAUACACCAUUCUACAGCAGCAGCACCUGUCCUGUGUCCCACCUCAGGAUUGCUGUCCGUUCCAUUCAAGUUCCAUAAAAACCCGAAAAAGAAACUGAAAAUCUGAAAACUGAAUGCGAUUAGUUUGCGUUAGCCAAAAGCCAGUCCAGGGGAUCUGAUGUGGUGAUUUGGGUGGGCAAAAGACAUAAACCGAUCAGAAGGAUCCAGCAUGUUAAGGCUAUAUGUCGAAAAAGGAUUUUAAAAAGUUUAUUUAAAACUGGUCAUUAGAAUCAUUAAUUGGUUGUGUAUCUUACCUUAGUGCUUUUGUUUAGAAAAAUAUGUUCUUUCUCUUUUGUCCAAGAAAAAUUUUCAAAAAUCUGAAGGCACUUUCUUAAAAAAGGGCGAUCAGCGAAGUGUCAGAAACUACGAAAGCACGUUCCCCCGUUUGCACAUAAAUCUAACCGUAAGGCAGUAACUUGGGACCAUUUUUGUUCCUUAACAAAGCUGCCCAUUUUGCACUCCGCACCAGCUUUAUCGAAACCUUUGAAUUGCACGACUGCAGAGGAAGUUCAUAUGAUUGGCUCUGCGGAAAUUUCCUUUGUCUAAACAAAAUAAUUUGCAGCAGUAUCGCUGUUGCUUGCUUGGCCUAGAUGAGCUAGAACGUCGACGAAAAACGUAAGACUUUGUUUGAGGCAAAACGGGUAAAACACAAAACUGUUACUCAGUGAAGCUGGUUCUUCGCAACUACUACCGCUAGUAAGAAUUUGGCCGUAAUAAGCCGGUAGCUUCUUGCGCUCCAGAAGAGUGUUCAACCGUGUAAAGGAUCACCUGGAUUUCGGUGAGGCUUGAAAUAAGUUUAGUCAAACUUUGACAAAAUCGAAUUCUUAAUAGAUUUAUUUAGUUGAUUCAUAAGGACUGUUAUUCGAAUGGAUUUUGCAAUAAUAAAUCAAAAAAUUAACGAAUUUAUAAACCAUAUAUGCAAUAAAAAUAUGCUUUUUGCAUGAAGAAAAAAUCCUCGGAAAUAAAGCAGUCCACUGAUAGAGACACAAGACACAGACAAAGCUACCGUACAAAGUGCACCCUGUACAGGUCACUUCUUAGACCAGUUGUUCGCUACGGUCCACUAAUAACGGAAACUGUAACAUGCCUUUUGUGGAUGGAAUGAACAUGAAUAAUACCAAUUGGCCAUCAGUAUGGAGAAAAGUGAUUAAUUCUGUCGCCCGUAGCGGCUUGCAUCUUUUAAUCAACACAAGAACUGAACACAGACAAACAAAGAUACAUCAUCGGUAGAGCAGAUAACAAAAAUGGUCCGUCCCGCGCGUCGCAGCAGCCUGGGCAUGUUUCCGGCAAAGGAACAACAGAAUAAACUUGUAAAUUUACUGCUUUAGAAUCUGAUAAUUCCAAACACGCUCUAAUACAAGUGUUUGAAGCUAAAUUCGACAAAACUCAAAAAGUGCGAUCACUGAAAAAAGUGCCUCCAAGAGCAGAACAGCUUCUAACCAAUUGUCCUCUCUAUGAAACACAACACCAGGAUAACAACAUGAAAAAAUUGAUCUAUAUAAUUUGUGCAAUCUGAAUUAUGGCUUGGCCAGUACUUGCGAGUCAGUAAGAUCCUUGCACUAGCCCCGUACGUAAUAGUCCUGUACUCUAACAGCCGGCUGCUUAUGCCAGCGUGUUCGUUAGAAUGAGUGCGCGUGUGAGGAAAUUAGACCACACGUGUGUGAACUUCGCAGCACUAGUUAGAUAACCGUAUUUUUUCUACGCAGCUAAACCGAUCCCGCCACUGUCUGUAACACUCAGUUGAUCUGUAGGCAAAUUGUGGAUUUUGGUUUUUAAGCCGAUCCAAUUUAUCUGGACCUUCUUUCGACGUGUAGGCCUCACGGGAUAUUGCUGGGUACAAUGGAUCGGCUAGGUGUUACUACGGACGCCAUCUGCUGGAUAAGAUUUUACUUGACUAACCGGUAUUGAUGUUACAAAGUAGCAUCUACUGUUUACAAAUGCUUCUCAAAUCAUUCUGAAAUGUCCCGCAGGGCAGCAACAUGGGCUCGCUUCUUUUUUCGAUUUCUAUAGACAAUGUUUCAGUGCUACUAUCAUUCGACUGUCGACUGUUUUAUGCUGAUGGUAUAUUUUUUUCUUUGUGGAUCUGUAGGAAUACUUGAAUAUCUUUGUGCAGUGAAGUGCAUAACGUUAAAUAUACACCCUUAUUUUUUUUUUCGUUCGAAUAAUAUUCGUUCGAAAGUUAAGCCGAUUCGUAUUGUUGUUUUCGUUCGAAUGAAUUCGAACGUUCGAACGUCCCUUCUUUUUGUUCAUUCGAAUAUGAGAAUAGUGCUUCCCGAUUCGUUCGGACCAAGUUAUUCGUACGAAUGUAGAAUACGGCCGUAAACAAGAAUAAAGGUGAUAGACAAGUGCUAUAUUAUUUCAUUUUAGCACAAAUCGAAAACAACUAUUUCGGGUUACUGCCUCUUCCAUGUACAGCAUGUUACUGUUUUGAAAAUGCUAAAAGUAAAGCAAAGCCUAUUGGUGCUGCUUUCCGUUACCGAAACUUGACUUUCUGUUUUUUUAUACGACAGACUUUGCAGUCAGUUGUCAGCUCGUGUUGUAUCAAAAACUUGUCUCCAUUGUACUCGGCCGUGGACCAAUUCAUUGAGCAUCUCGAAACUCGCCAAUCAGCUCCAAACUGAUCAAACAAUCUAGCACGUUGGCUUCACGCUAUUCCUGGUGCAGGAAGGGCUCUUAAAGAGAGCGCAUUUCACUACACAGUCGUCCGGCAUCCUUGUGACGUGGCCGGCCCACCGCACUAUGGGCCAGAAAUUAAAAUUUCGGGACAAAAAUAUUUGCAGUUAAACAGCAUGUCUCAGCUCAACGUGAUCUUCGGCAACUUUUUGAAUAAAAAAUUGAUGCAUAUUUUGAGGGGUCGUCCAAUGGCUAAGCGUUACUUAAAGAACAAUUUAAGUAAUAACUUU